GAUGUCGGCGUUUGGCUACCUGCUCGACCGGAGCGUGGGGCUGCCGAGCCGCGCCUACCGCGACAGCUUAAACUCCCGACAGUCCACUAACUUACUGCAGUACUCGCCAUCGAGCAGCAACUUCAUCUUCCGGCAAGGGAUGCGCGUCUGGGGCUGCUCGCUGGACCCAGUGGAGCAGCGUUUCCUGUUGGUUGGUACUUCCCAGUCCCAACUUUUGGUAUUUGAUCUACAAACCCUAGACGAAGCCGACGCUCUGUGUAACCCUAGUUACAACACCACCAACACACUAGACCCAAUUUGCGCUGUUGGAGCCAAAACGGAGAAUGCCCAAACCUUACAAUUCGGUAUUUCCAUGGUCGACUGGUACCCUGUGGAUGGCGGGCUCUGCAUUUCCAGUUCGCUGGACGAACACGUGAAAAUUUGGGAUUUCGAGACUUUUUCUUGUGUCAGUACAUUGCAUUUACGGAGUAAAGUUUUCGGUGCAAAGUUUUCUCCAGUGAGUACGACACACUCGUUGAUCGCUGCAGCCACAGCUAGAGGGGAAUUGAGACUUGUGGACAUGGAGAGUGGAGCCACAGCUCAUAGUCUAUUGGGUCAUAAAGAUGAAAUUUGGACACUGGACUGGUCUCCAGCAAGUGAAUUUCUACUUGCCACUGGCUCACGAGACGGUGAAAUUCGUCUUUGGGAUAUUCGACGAUCAGGAGCAACAGCGUGUCUGUUGUGUUUAAACCACGAAGGAAAAGCCAAUGUACCCGGCAGAUCUAGUUUAUAUACAAACGUAAAGAGAGAGAAACCCAUGUCGUUAUCGGCUGCUGCAAAGGUUAGAAAACGAAGGAGAGUGGGUGGGGCGUCGGAAGCACAAGCAAGAGACCGACAACGAGCGCGAUCGAGAGUGGAUAACCAUCAUAUGAGGCUACACGCUUCCAUGCAUAGAGAGAGUAGAAACGACCCACAUGCAGCGGCGACUAUGUCGCUUGCAGUUGCUCAUCAAGCAGGGGUGACGAGUUUGACGUAUACCCCGGACGGGAGAUUUCUGUUGAGUAAUGGGAUGGAUGAAAAACUGAGAUUGUGGAACGCAACGUCGGGUGAACAUCAAUUUAUGAACUAUGAAGGAGUGCGAAGAGCACAGCCUCGAGCUGCGAGAAAUGUACAAAUGGCUGCAGUUCAAGAAGGAGGCGCCUGGGAGAGUACGCUGGUGUUUGUUCCAAACGGAUCGGAAGGAGCGUUGACUUCCUACCGUGUUUUUGGAGAUAGUGGUGCACCAAUAGGGUCUGCUACUGCUCACUAUCAACAGGUAACCGCGUGUCUGUAUCGAAAAACUACUCGUGAACUCUACUCAGCAGGUGAAGAUGGACUCAUCAUGAAGUGGAAACCUCCACCUGUUGACUUGUACCCUGACAUUUUCGAUAAUGAAAAUGUCGAUACUGGAGGACAAAAUGGCGAUUCGGAAGCAAUCGCCGGUGCUACUAUUGGCGAUGAAGAUGCGUGGAGUGAUGACGAAGAACCCGGAACUAGUCAUGAAUUUAUCCCACCCAUUCUUCGGGAUGAGUUCUGAAUACAUGUAUUUUUAAGUUAUGUUAUCGUCUGUACGUUGUACAAACAUUUGGUGGCGAUUUGAUUGUCUAAAUAGUAUUCUUAGACCUGACAACGGCAA